GCCAAAUGUGACUGUAUUCCCCUUAGUACUUUCCCGCCGCCACAGCACACAAAAAAGAUGUCGCACAGUUGCAGAUACUACAACAACAACGCAGCUUGGCAGAUUUGAUUCCUCCUCAUUAUUGCGCGACUAGUCGUUAUCGUGAUCGCGUGGACGUGGGAGCCUAAGGCCUUGCGGAAAUCGCCGGUCUCAAGGCUCCUCACUCUGUCGCGCCAUCGCCCUUCGGAUUUCCUCUUCUUGUUCUCUCACAGCAUUUUGCGACGCCAGGCACGGGCAAGCUUUCGUGUUGCGUGUUCCCUGCGUCCCGCUUCUCUCGUGCUUGGACUAAGGCAGGCUACAGUCCGCGAAGAUGCUUCUCUACACGGAUAUCUUCACUGGGGACGAGCUCCUGUCUGACGUCUAUCCUGUGGGUGAGAAAUUCGAUGGCGUGCUGUGGGAAGUGAAGGGGAAGUGGAUUGUGAAGGGGUCAGUUGAUGUCGAUAUUGGGGCCAACCCUUCAGCAGAGGGAGGUGAUGAUGAGGGAGUGGAGGAUGGUGCAGAGAGGGUUGUCGAUAUCGUGGACAGCUUCCGGCUUCAGGAGCAGCCCUCCUAUUCGAAGAAGGAUUUGCAGGUUUUUCUGAAGGGGUACAUGCAGAAGCUGCUGCCUAAGCUUUCAGCAGAGCGCGCGACUAAGUUCAAGGCGAACGCACAAGAAGCCGUCAAGUAUGUUCUUGGCAAGGUCAAGGAUCUUCAGUUCUUCCUUGGUGAGAGCCUCAGCGCUGAUGGGGCUAUGGUCUUUGCGUAUUACGAGGAUGGUGCUACUGAUCCGACAUUCCUUUACUUCUCAGAUGGAUUGAAGGAGGUGAAAUGCUGAACACGUUGUUGUUAUUUUUUUCCACUCGUGAACGUGGAAAGAGAUAAACGGUGACUUCCUUUCUUUUCUGUUUUCGCCUUUCCCCGCGAUGUAUUAUGGCCCUUUAUGCUGGAUAAAGGGGGUAAUGCGAGACUCUUGUUAAAAUCCUCCCGUUGUAAGAGGACGUUUGUAACGAUGCACACUCUCCGGUACGUGUUUUGCGGUCGAUCUGUGGUGGAUCUGAGGUGGAUGUGUGAUCGUGAGCCAGUGUCUUAUCUGUGAUGCGAGACUCUUGUUAAAAUCCUCCCUUUGUAAAAGGACGUUUGUAAAGAUGCACACUCUCGGGUCCGUGUUUUUUUGCGGUCGAUCUGUGGUGGAUGUGUGGCAGAUCUGUGUGGCGUUUCGCGUGAGCCAUUGUCUUGUCUGUGAUCGAUCUGUGGUGCAUCCCUGUGCCAUUUCCCGUGAGUCAGUGUUUUAUGUUUGUCGUGCACUCGCUAUGACAACGGGCACGCCGGGCAAUGUGAUGACAUUGUUGACUCCGUAUCUUCUCCCUUUCCCUCUUGCAGUGAUCCAUAUGACAAAACCUGGGCUGGCUAUUUCUCAUUGUUGUAUGGAGUUGUCUCAAAAGCGUACCAUCA